GCGCCCAGCUCGCGCAGCUCCACGGGCUCGGGUUGCCGGGGUAACGCAGAACGCGCGCGGGUGCGCGGCGGGUUGUAGCUCCUCCUUCCGUGGCGGACAGAAGAGCUUCUGGCGGAGAAGGGGAGGCCCCUUCACCCGGGAAAUCGCGGCUCCCGUGCCGCUCUGGGCUCAGCCAGUGAGAGGCCGAGGACGGGGCAGAGGGGCGGGGCAGGCGGAGUACUUAGCCAGGGCCUGGCGGCGGAGCGGGGCUCCCUCGCACUCUCGUGGUGCGCACGUUUGCGGCUCGGCGCGCCCGGGGCGUUGCGGUGGUGGAGCAGCCCCUUCGGCUGCGUCAUGGUGACCCCCUGCGCCGCCAGCCCCGCGAGCCCCGCGGCCUGGUCAGAAAGGCGGGACGACAACGACCAGAAGCUUCGGGCCCCGGUGAAGAAGAGCCGACGCCCGCGCCUGCGGAGGAAGGAGCCGCUGCGGCCCCUGAACCCGUGCCUGCUCCCCGGUGACUCAGGCGUUUGCGACCUGUUCGAGUCCCCCGGCUCGGGCUCGGACGGCGCAGACAGCCCCGUGGCGUCGGCGGCGGCGCGGGGCUCCAGUCCCCUUCUCAGUCCGGACCAACUGUUGGCACCACUCGAGCUACAGACCUUCCGCGACUACGGACAGAGCUGCUAUGCCUUCCGCAAGGCUCAGGAGAGCCACUUCCACCCACUGGAGUCGCUGGCGCGGCAGCCGCAAGUGACUGCGGAAUCCCGCUGUAAGCUGCUCAGCUGGCUGAUUCCCGUGCACCGCCAGUUCGGGCUGUCCUUCGAGUCGCUGUGCCUGACAGUGAACACUCUGGAUCGCUUCCUUACCACUACGCCUGUGGCUGCAGACUGCUUCCAGCUGCUCGGAGUCACCGCCCUACUCAUCGCUUGCAAACAGGUGGAGGUUCACCCACCGCGUGUGAAACAGCUCCUGGCUCUGUGCUGCGGUGCUUUCUCCCGGCAGCAACUCUGCAACCUCGAGUGUAUCGUGCUGCACAAGUUGCACUUCAGCCUGGGUGCACCCACCAUCAGCUUCUUCUUGGAGCAUUUCACUCAAGAGCGUGUGGAGGCUGGGCAAGUUGAGGUCUCUGAAGCUCUGGAAGCACAAAUCUUGGCUCGGGGAGUAGCGGAGCUGAGCCUGGCUGACUACGCCUUCACCAGCUAUGUCCCCUCUCUCCUGGCCAUCUGCUGCUUGGCGCUGGCUGACCAAAUGCUCCAGGUCCCGUGCCCAGUGGACCUGCGCCUGGGCAAGCACCCCGAGGCGGCGCUGCAAGACUGCCUGCGCAAGCUGCAGCUGCUAGUAGCCAUAAACAGUACUUCCCUGACUCACAUUCUGCCCCUCCAGAUCUGCAAGAAGUGCAGCUUGUCCCCUAGCUUGAAAUAAAGCAGACUUUGGGCUCCUUUUUUUCUGGCUGGGAAUGGACUCCUCCCAUUGCUUCAGAAGAGUACAGUAUUUAUCCAAAGAGGGACUCCAGCUUGCAUCUUGCAGGUUAUAGAUAGCAUACCUCAGCAGAAUCCAGUUUAUUUUGUUGGAGAACAGGAGGAGCUGCCUUUCCUCAAAAAACAAGCUGUUAGAAUCCCUGAGACCAGUUGGGCAUGAUUCUGGAUGCUGGGGUUCCAGUCAUAAGACAAGUCAGGAUCCUCUGAGGCUGAGAACUGUAUCACUAGGGAUUCAGAGGGUAUGGUGGGGUAUGAGGCAGAUUAAAAUGCACAGCAGCCUGUGAUUGUCCAAAGGAGCCACUGCCUACAUUUGCCAUUGCAGGUGAUGUGGCGCUGCAAAGCAUGGGGGACCAUGUGGAGGCACACUAGCAAAGAGUGAAGCAGGAGCUAUUUCUAAUAUAGAGUCUCAUGUGUGCCUGGCAUAUGUCAGAAAGAAUGGUGUUGCAGAGUGUUGGAGCCAAUUCAAGUGGAGCCCAACAAUCAUUUGGUUCAGUUUAUGUUGCUACAUACGAGCUGAAGAAUAACAAUGGCAUAACAGUAAUAAAGACUGUUUUGAGUCCUUACAGCAUACCA